UCGGCAACGGCCAGUAGUAUUAGCUUCGACCAGCGAAGGGCCAUCAGACACAGAGAGAGGGAGAGACGGGCGAACCUUCGAAGACUUCAAUGGCGGUCAAAGUCUACAUUGUGUACUACUCCAUGUAUGGGCAUGUGGAGAAACUAGCAGAAGAAAUAAAGAAAGGUGCUGCAUCUGUGGAAGGUGUUGAGGCCAAACUAUGGCAGGUACCCGAGACUCUGCCGGACGAGGUGCUUGGUAAGAUGAGUGCGCCACCAAAGAGCGAUGUACCAGUAAUUACACCCAGUCAACUUGCUGAGGCUGAUGGCUUUGUUUUUGGCUUCCCAACAAGAUUCGGAAUGAUGGCCGCUCAGUUCAAAGCUUUUCUAGAUGCAACUGGAGGUUUAUGGAGAACACAACAGCUUGCAGGUAAGCCUGCAGGAAUCUUCUACAGCACUGGCUCCCAAGGCGGCGGACAAGAGACUACAGCGCUGACUGCUAUUACCCAACUGGUUCAUCACGGGAUGCUAUUUGUUCCAAUCGGAUAUACAUUCGGCGCCGGCAUGUUUGAGAUGGAGAAGGUGAAAGGUGGGAGUCCUUAUGGUGCAGGGACUUAUGCUGGUGAUGGCUCAAGACAGCCAUCUGAGCUUGAGUUGGAGCAAGCCUUCCACCAGGGAAAGUACAUCGCUGCCAUCACCAAGAAGCUCAAGGGAUCUGCAUGAUGAUGUUAAGCCAACACAGACAUGACAUUUAUCAAGGAAAAACGAUAAAAGGCAUUGCUUGAAUCCAAAGUUCUUCAUUUUUUUUAUAGCCCUCGAAUGUAUCAAGUUGCAUUCUUCUUCUACGUGCUUGUCAAUAAUAAUUGCCUUGAAUGUAGUUUUAAUUUUUGAAUGCGUGAUCCAUGGUGGUUUCUGUUUGUUGACUGAGAAAGUUCUCGUCUUGUUUUCUUCAUUAGGUUAAGAAAAUAUCUUUUUCCGUUCGA